AUGCUUCAGAUGCUCUGUUUGGCUACUGGAUAUCCCAAUGGGGCUCCUAUUGGCGCCUGUGAAGACAUGACGCCUCGCCACACUGGUGUUCUGCCGCAGCCGUCCCCAGCGCCUUACACUCUGCUGGUCAACACUGGGACCUUUCAGCCGGGCAAGGCCAUUACUGUGACUAUCAGUGGACCAGAGUAUCGUGGUGUGCUUCUGGAAGCUCGGACAGACGGCAGCACUAAUGCUCUGGGGAGCUGGCAGCACCCUGCUCCAGACACAAAGUUUCUUCAGUGCACAGGGAAUCCACAAGGUGCUAUUACUCAUGCAAACACCAACCUGAAGAGCGAAUCCACUGCAUACAGCUGGAUGCCUCCUGACUCUACGAGCCCUGUCUACUUCAUGGCCACAGUAGCUCAGCAGCGCGCAGUCUUCUGGGUAAAUGUGAGGUCCGCCGCUCUGAAAAGAGGGAAACCAGAAAGUCUGGGAUUGGCUACAGAAGCAAAUGCAGGAAUGGCUAAAGAAAAACCUGUGCUUCUCCUCGGGAUAUGUUUCCUGAUGAUACUGGUGCUGGCGUGA